UCUCAGAUGUUGCUUAAGGAAGAGGUGGGCAGGAUGUGAGCUUCAUGGAUGCCGCUGGCGCUGCCGCUGCCGCUGCGUUGUUGUGGUCAGGCCAGGGAUCGCAAGGCUCGUGGCCCGCGCAAGAAGCAGGACGUCAGUCGGACUCAGAGACCCAGGAAAGUGAAGAGGAUGGAUCGGACCACCCGGCGACGGGGACGCUGGUCAAGCUGCGAAACUUUCCGGCCUCCUGGGUGGAGGAGGACGUCCUUCCUUUCCUUCCGGAGAAGUUGGCGCGGCUGCUUCGGCGCUUUGGCCCGCUGCUCUUCGAGCCCGCACCGGAGGCGGAUCUCCAAGCCUCAGGUCCUAUCUUCUUUGCAGCCUUUCGUGAAGCAGCGGCUGCAGAAGAGGCGGUUGCCAAACUGCACGGUGUUGACCUUCGAAGCAACGCGGAGAAGCGAGCAGCCGGAGGCCGCCCAGCACAGGCGUGGGAGCGUUUUUCUGUGCAGACCGAGGAGCCGACAGCACUCAGUUCUGCCGUCCUUGCACAUUGGGCGCAGCGCGGGGUGGUCAAGCCGGAUGACAAUCCGGACAACUUGCAGGCUGAGGACUUCGAGUUCGAGUUUGCGGACAGCGGUGAGUUUGCAGAAGGUGAUGGGAGUGAGACCGAGCCACCAACCGAACCGCCCAGCGAGGGUGAGGUGAGUGAGGACCGAUCCAAAGUGACGGUAUUGCUUAGAAACUUCCCAUCUUCCUGGCUUUCUGAAGAGGCUCUCCCGCAGCUUUCAGCGAGAAUUACAGCUCUGCUGAACAAGUUCGGGCAGCUUCGCAGCAAGCCAAAAGUUCUCGAGAGCAGCAUUGGCCUGGUUGCCACGGCCACCUUUCAGGAGCUGCAGGAUGCCGAGAAAGCGAUCCAAGCUUUGGACGGUUUGGACUGGAGGAGUCCAGCUGAAGCGAAAGAUGGUCGCCCGGCUUCAGCGCACGAAUACUUCCGCGCUGAGAUGGUCCAGGAGGUUGCUUCAAGGCUCCAGGAGCUGGCGGCAGCACCUUCCAUGGCCGUCCUCGGUGCGGGUGGAUUUGAGACGAUGGUGGAAGGGGCUGCCGCUGCACAAGCUUUCCUGAGCGCGGAGGUGGAUCCGAGCUUCCAAGGGUACAAGGCCAAGCGCGAGCGAGUGAAGGUCAAGUUGCAGCAGACGGGGCGCAACCUGCGUUGGGAGAAGGCCAACAGCGAUGCAGAGGAGGAUCCAGCGCCGGCUCAAUGGCCGACGACCGCCUGGACCGCCUUUGCUCCGGAGACGGAAGCUGUGGAGGUUGCACCGGAGAUGCGUGAGUUGGACCCGGCAGACACCCACCUGGUCAUCCGCGGGGUGCCUUGGGACUGGAGCGCGCUGCAGCUGCAGAUGCUCUUCACACCUUUCGGGGGAGUGCAGGCAAUGCAGGCCUUUGCCAGCGAUGAGAAGGGUGGGCGCAUCGUGCGCGUACGCCUGGAAGACUUGGCCCAGCACGCCGUGGCGGCGGUCCACUUCCAGCAGCCACAGGGGGGCCUCAUGCUCCGCUGUGAGCACGUCUUGGGCCCCCGGGAGAAGGAGCUGCUGGCGCUGGCGGCAGAGCGGGAGAGGAGAAGGCGGGAGGAGGAGGCGGAGGAGGCGCGCCAGCGCCAGGUAGCCAUUGAAGAGGCUGAGCGCCAAAAGCAGGCGGCCGCCUUCGCGGAACGCCGCGGCGUGUGGGAGGUGGCGAACGCCGACUUCGCGGCGGCGGUUCUGGCGAAGGCUGAGAAAGACCUGGACCGCAGCAAGAGACUUCAGGCGGCUGCCGACUCGCUGAGGGAUCCGAGUCUCAGCAAGCAGCGGCGCCGAAUGCUGGUGGCCUUGGUGGAGGCAGAGCGCAAGAGGCAGGCGCCGAUGAUCCCCGGCUUGGAGCAGGCAGCCAUGGCGGCCGCUGAUGCUGAAAUCAAGGCGUGGCAGCACUACGUGAUUCAGGCUGAGCGUGACUACUUGAACUUGAUUCAAGAGGCAGAGGCCGCAGAAACACGGGCAAUGUCGAAAGCUGACCGAGACAGCCGCCGUGCUGAGCAGGCACGCGUGGAUUUGGAGCGAAAACGGCGAAGACGGGAGCGCGAGCUGCGGGCCAUCGAGCGGGCGGCCAUGCUACGGGCGGACGAGCAGAGCCGCGCGGUGGAGGAAGCUACCGCGCUCGCUGAAGAGCAAACUCGGGAAGAGUUCGAGGCGGAGCUCAUGGAGCGCGCGGAGGACGAGGUGAGGGAGUUCUGCGACUUCGAGCGGCGCAGGGAGGCGGAGGAGCGGCGGAGGAUGGCGGCGGACGAGGCGGAGUUCCACAGGUUGCAGGAGGAGGAGAGACGCCGCAAAGUAGAAGAGGAGCGGAAACAGAAGCUGGUCAUGGAAUGGCGCAGGAAACAGGCUGCUAGGAGAGCUUUGGACUCUGAUGAGGAGCCCUCAGAAGCCGACGAGGAUGACAAGAAGAGCCCGGACAGAGACAGAAGCAAUCUGGACAGGAAGAAAGAUGCCAACCAUGAGGAGCAAUCGGAUAUGCUCAAGGCGGCCCGCAAUCCCUUUGGUCCCGUUCGAGAGAGGCCAGCAGAGAAGGAAACAUCGACGAAGCCUGAGAAGGAGAGCAAACGGACGCGAGAGGAGGAGAAGCGUAGGCUGAAAGAGGAGGAAGCUGCAAAAAGGCGGAAACGCGAGAAGGAGGAAGCCGCUGCUGAGCUGCAGCGCUUCGAGCAGGAGUUGCAGCGCCGCAACAACUUCCUACUGCGGCGGCGCCAGCAGGAGGAGGAUGAUUUGCGCAAGGAAGCUGAGGCUCAGGAGCAAGCAGUCAGAGAUGAGGAGGAGCGCAAGAAAAGAGAGGUUGAACAGUCGCGUAUGGCAUGGGAAGAUAAGCUGCGAAUGAAGUUUGAAGUGGAGGAGCGCCGCAAGGAGGCGGAGGCGCGGAAGCAUGAGGAAGCCGAGCGGCGCAAACAGGAGCGGGCGGAACGCAAGCGGGAGGCCAUGCGGCCCCAGGAGACCGUCAGGCUUCUGCAGGAAAAAGAGCAGGACCCGGCAGUUGGCUUUCUGCAGCGCAAGCUCCGGGGCGGGCCAGGAGAUCAAACGGAUGCAGGCAGAGCUCGCGAAGAAGAGGGAGGAGGCCAAGAAGCAGGAAGAGCAGCGCGAAAGAGGCAGCUCCUCAGCGCCGGCCAGUCGGUCCAGCAGCCCGGUCCGCAAAGAAAAGCACAAGCGUCGCAAAGAGAAACGACGCAGUGCAGGUAGUCGAAGUAGAUCUGAGCGUCGCAACAAGAAGCGCAAGAAACGUCGAAAUCAAAGCAGCUCUAGCUCUAGCCGCCCUCGCGGAAAAAAAAGAAAGGUUUCAUAUGUGCGCUAGCCGACGGUGCCGAAAACAGCUAGUUGUUGAGGAGUGCCGGUUUUGAAGCGCGCUGCGCUUUCUUGAGGUUGUGGAGCAGCGCACAAAAAGUCUUCCAAGGGAGCCAAGCAAUCUCGAGUCAACGUGGAAGAUGGCUGCCACGCCCCUGCUGUAAGAAAGUGGCUCCAAAGUAGAUCUGGAACUCAGCGCGGUCACGCUCCCGCAGGAGCGAGGCCCCAGCAGAAAAGAAGCAGAGCAAAAACCAAAACGAGGC